AUGGCAGUGUGUCAUUUCGUGAGCUCCCAAGCGUCGCGAGAGCAGAAAACGCAGCCACGUGCUUUUCGUCUAAUAAGAAGAAGAAGAAUCUAUUUCCUUAGUAAUAAAAAGAAGGAGUGCUGUUCAGUAUUAAGGCCAGAUAGAAAAGAAGAAGAAAGAAUACGUAACCAAGUGUCUUUUGUCAUUCGAGUACCAGUUGUGUGUGUUUUUUCGUUCAGAUUGUAA